CCUCCGCGGGGCCCCAUCUGGGCCUCGAUGGAGCUCCAACCGCCGCCAUUGCAGCCCUUCCUGUUACUACUGCUGCUGCUGCCGCCGCCGCUGCUACCGGCAGUGCCCGAGACGGGAGGGUCCUGGCAGUGCCCGCGCAUCCCCUAUGCUGCCUCCCGCGACUUUGACGUGGAGUACUUGGUGCCCAGCUUCUCGGCCGGCCGGCCGGUACAGGCUGUAGCAACCUACGAGGGCGGCAGGGAAGGGAGUGCCGUGUUCGUGGCCACACGCAAUCGCCUGCAUGUGCUUGGGCCUGAUCUGCAGCCAGUUGAGAGCCUGGCCACGGGCCCUGCUGGGGCCCCUGGCUGCCAGACGUGUGCGGCCUGUGGCCCAGGCCCCCACGGCCCACCGGGAGACACAGAUGCGCAGGUUCUGGUGCUGGAGCCGGUGCUGCCCGCACUGAUCAGUUGUGGCUCCAGCCUUCAGGGACGCUGCUUCUUGCAUGAGCUAGAGCCUGGCGGGACAGCCCUGCACCUGGCGCCACCAGUCUGCCUUUUCUCAGUGCACCACAAUCAACCGGAGGACUGUCCCGACUGUGUGGCCAGCCCGCUAGGCACCCUCGUGACCGUGGUUGAGCAGGGCCAUGCCUCCUACUUCUACGUGGCAUCCUCACUGGACUCGGCGGUGGCCGCCAGCUUCAGCCCACGCUCAGUGUCCAUCCGGCGCCUCAAGGCCGACGCCUCAGGAUUUGCACCAGGCUUUGCAGCACUGUCAGUGGUGCCUGAGCACCUGGCUUCCUACCGCAUCGAAUACGUGUACAGUUUCCGUGCAGGAGCCUUCGUCUAUUUCCUGAGUGUGCAGCCAGCCAACGUGGUAGACGCUCCUGGCGCCUUACACACGCGCCUGGCACGGCUCAGCGCUGUGGAGACUGACCUGGGCAACUACCGCGAGCUGGUCCUCGACUGCCGUUUUGCACCUAAACGCCGGCGUCGCGCGGCCCAUGAGGGCGUGCAGCCCUACCCGGUGCUGCGGGCGGCCCACACUGCUCCAGUGGGCGGGCGACUGGCUACUGAGCUGAGCAUCGCUGAGGGCCAGGAAGUGCUGUUCGGGGUCUUCUCAGCUAGCAGAGACAGCGGCCCAGGUGUGGAUCCCAACUCUGUCGUCUGUGCGUUCCCUGUAGACUUGCUGGACACUCUCAUCGAGCAGGGUGUGGAGCGCUGUUGUGAGCCUCCUGUCCACCCUGGCCUCCAGCGAGGCCUCGACUUCUUCCAGUUGCCCAGUUUUUGCCCUGACCCGCCUGGCCUGGUGGCUCCCAGCCCCCAAACCAGCUGCCGCCACUUCCCCCUGCUGGUCAGCAGCAGCCUCUUACGGGUGGACCUAUUCAACGGGCUGUUAGGACCAGCGCAGGUCACUGCAUUGCACGUGACACGUCUCGACAAUGUCACAGUGGCCCACAUGGGCACAGCCGACGGGCGCAUCCUGCAGGUCUUCCAGGUACCUAUCCAGGGCCCUGGCUGCCGCCACUUCCUCACCUGUGGGCGUUGCCUGCGGGCACAGCGUUUCAUGGGCUGUGGAUGGUGCGGGGGCGUGUGUGGCCGGCAGAAGGAAUGUCCUGGCUCCUGGCAGCAGGACCAUUGCCCCCCCGAGCUUACUAAGUUCAGCCCCCACAGUGGACCCCUAAGGGGCAGCACGAGACUGACGCUGUGUGGCUCCAACUUCUACCUGCAUCCUCCUGGUCUGGUGCCUGAGGGCACCCAUCAGGUCACUGUGGGUCAAAGUCCCUGCCGACUGCUGCUCAAAGGCAACUCAAACCUCAGCCAAGUAUCCCGGAAGGACUUUGUAGAGGAGCUUGAGUGUGAACUGGAGCCCUUGGGCACGCAGGAAGCCGGGCCUGCCAACGUCAGCCUCACCAUGACCAACAUGCCACUGGGCAAGCACUUCCGGGUAGAUGGCACCUCCGUGCUGCGAGGCUUCUCUUUCAUGGAGCCCAUGCUGACAGCAGUACAACCCCUCUUUGGUCCACGGGCAGGGGGUACCUGCCUCACCCUUGAAGGCCAAGGCCUGUCUGUUGGCACCAGCCGGGCUGUGCUGGUCAAUGGGACUGAGUGCCUGCUGAAACGGGUCAGCGAGGGGCAACUUUUAUGUACCACACCCCCCGGGGCUGCUACCGCCCGCGUUCCCAUUCGCCUGCAGGUGGGGGGCGCCGAAGUGCCUGGCUCCUGGAACUUCCACUACCAGGAAGACCCCAUCAUGCUGGGUAUCAGCCCCAACUGUGGCUACACUGGCUCCCACGUCACCAUCCAUGGACAGCAUCUGACUUCAGUGUGGCACCUCGUGCUGUCAUUCCAUGAUGGGCGCAGGGCAGUGGAGAACAGGUGUGAGGGGCAGCUCCCGGAGCAGCACUGGUGCCGCCUGCCCGAAUACCUGGUCCGAGGACCGCAGGGGUGGGUGACGGGGAACCUGAGUGCCCAGGGGGAUGGAGCUGCUGGCUUCACACUGCCUGGCUUUCGCUUCCUGCCCCCACCCCACCCACCCAGCAUGGACCUGGUCCCCCUGAAGCCUGAGGAGCAUGCCGUUAAGUUUGAGUACAUUGGGCUGGGCGCUGUGGCUGAUUGCGUGGAUGUGAACGUGACCGUGGGUGGUGAGAGCUGCCAACAUGAGCUGCGGGGGGAUGUGAUUGUCUGCCCCCUUCCCCCCUCCCUGCAACUUGGCAAGGACGGUGCUCCACUGCAGGUCUGCGUGGAUGGUGGGUGUCACAUCCUGGGCAAGGUAGUGCGGCCAGGUCUGGAAGGGGUCCCACAGAGCACACUCCUUGGUGUCCUACUGGCCCUGCUCCUGCUUGUGGCUGUACUGGCCACCAUACUGGUCUUCAGUUAUCACCAGAGAAAACAGCUAGUCCUUUCUCCGAACCUGGAUGACUUGGCAUCCCUGGACCGGACCACUGGAGCCAUGCCUCUGCCUCUGCUGCGCUCAAGCUCUGACUAUAGAAAUGGCCUUGCCCCUGCCAUUGAUGGCCGGGAUUCCACCACUCAGGUCCACAGAGCGUCCUUCUCAGGCAACGGGGAUGGGUCCCAUGUCCCACUGCUGCGGAAAAAGUCCAUCCAGCUUGGGGACCUGAACUCUGUGCUCCUGGCCGAGGUCAAGGAUGUACUGAUUCCCCACGAGCGGGUAGUCACCCACACUGACCGAGUCAUUGGCAAAGGUCAUUUUGGAGUUGUUUACCAUGGAGAAUACACAGACGAGGCCCAGAAUCAAAUCCACUGUGCCGUCAAGUCGCUGAGUCGCAUCACGGAGGUGCAGGAGGUGGAGGCCUUCCUGCGUGAGGGGCUGCUCAUGCGCAGUCUGCACCACCCAAAUGUGAUGGCUCUCAUUGGUAUCGUGCUGCCACCUGAAGGGCUGCCCCGCGUGCUGCUGCCCUAUAUGCGCCACGGAGACCUGCUCCAAUUCAUCCGCUCACCCCAGCGGAACCCCACAGUGAAGGACCUCAUCAGCUUCGGCCUGCAGGUGGCCCGCGGCAUGGCGUACCUGGCAGAGCAGAAGUUUGUGCACCGGGACCUGGCUGCUCGGAACUGCAUGCUGGAUGAGUCAUUCACAGUCAAGGUGGCUGACUUUGGUCUGGCCCGCGAUGUCCUGGACAAGGAGUACUACAGUGUCCAACAGCGCCACCAUGCUCGCCUACCUGUCAAAUGGAUGGCGCUAGAGAGCCUGCAGACCUACAGAUUCACCACCAAGUCCGACGUGUGGUCAUUUGGCGUCCUCUUAUGGGAACUGCUGACACGGGGUGCCCCACCGUACCCCCACAUCGACCCUUUUGACCUCAUGCACUUCCUGGCCCAGGGUCGGCGCCUGCCCCAGCCUGAGUAUUGCCCUGAUUCUCUGUACGCAGUAAUGCAGCACUGCUGGGCUGCGGACCCUGCAGCACGACCCACCUUUGGAGCACUGGCAGGGGACGUGGAACGCUUGGUGGCCGCGUUGCGAGGGGACCACUACGUGCAGCUGCCUGUGGCCUACGUGAACGUGGGCCCUGGUGCCCCUGACAAGGCAGACAUGCCCUUGGAAUAGUCGCCAUCCCCACCAGUGCACAAGAGCAUAGGUGGCCGGGCCCCUCUCAGAGCCACCAAGGCCCAUGUGACCUCAGCCCCAGGCAGGCAUCAGGGGUUUGGACCUGCAUGGCGGUGGGAGUUAACCCCAAGCUGCCUCUGGGCUGGCCUCUGCCCUGUCCCUGUCCCUGCCC